AGCUUUAUAAUGACUCUCGCGAUUAAAAACUCAUGAAACGUAUGAAGGCCCUACGAUUUGUUAGUUGAAAUUUCGAUAUUAGAAAACGAGGAAAUGAACAAAUUUGUAAAUAAGUUUUUGUAAAAUCUUACGACGCUAUUUCUUUACAUAUACAUAUAUACACAUACUUUGAACGUAAAAUUAGUUAUUUAAAUCUUCUAUAUUUUUUAAAAUUAAUUAUGGCGAUUUAUAUUGCCAAGGACUAUUGUGAAUGGGAGAAGGAAAAAAAUGUUGUAUAUAUUAGCAUGGUUCAAAUUUUAUGCAGGAGCAUACGUGCCUUACAUCUUGCCUCUACAAAAUAAUAUUAAGAUUAAUUAUUUAUACACACGUAUGUAUGUAUAUCUACAUUUUAUGUACUUAACAUUUUUUAAAUAAACAUAUCAGGAAAAAUCUGUUAAGUAAGUUAGUAGUUCCUUUUGAAUUUAAAUUAUAGUUGCCCACAUUAUUUCGAGACCUCUGAGAGUCAUUAAUAGAAAUUAGAGUUCCCUCUUGACCGUGCGAUAUUGAAUCACCGACAAGACAUUAUGUAUAAUUGAAUAGAAUAAUUAUUUUAACCAAAAUAAUUUAGAAAAUUGAAUUGUUCAUUGUGAUAUAUUUAAUUUAUAUUUUACUUUUUUUAUAGUCUAUAAUUAGUAACAUUAUUUUGUCUAAAUCUAUGGUUCGUAUUAGAACUUCAACUUUUUACCGUAGAUAGCGUCACGUGCCGUUUUGAUCGUUACCACCAUUCGUAAACAAAUCAAACAUCAAUUAAAAAUAUCAGUAUCGGUAAUUGUUAAUGUAUAGUAAAUACUUGUUUGAAGUUUACACAAAGUAAAAUAUAUAUAUAUAUAUAUAUAUAUAUAUUGUUUAUAUAUUUAUAUCAUCGUAUAUUUAUACAUCAUUGACUGUUAUGACUCAGGAGAGAUCAUAUUUCGGUUAACUAUUUGAUCGUCCGGUACAUCAUCUAUAGCAUAAUAUUAUGUAAAUACCUCGUUAUAAGUUAAGUAAACCUUUUAAUUGUUUAAUAAAGGUAUUAAAAGAUGGCUGCAACUGUUAAAAGUGAUAAAAUGUCCGUUAAGACAGCUAUAAAGGCAUUUACAGACAUUAUGCGUUCCUUGAAUGAAACGGACCAGCAGAUAUUUUUGUCAUUUAUUGCUGAUAGUUGGAGACCUGAAGAAGUAAAAGUUCGAUCACUUUCACAAAGGUUUAUAGAUGGUUGCCCUAAUGAGCAUAACACACAAGAAGAACAAUUAAGAAAUAUAAGACAAAUUGUUAUUGACAUCAGGAACAGGGUACCCUUUGAUGGUAUACUGCCAUCAGAAAACAUUGUGCCACCAACAAUUGGACAGAAUUCGGAUUGUGAUGCUAUGUCAACAAAGCAUUUCGAUGCAUUUCUUUAUGACAAUAAUGAAGUUGUUGAGUUAAUUGAAGAAGGGAAAUUAGAUAGUCAGUAUUGUGCCAAAUGUGGAUCUACAAAUGUGAAACUAUACAAUAUUAUAUCACAUUCUAUGUCAGUUUCUACUAUGAUCUAUGUAUUCUCUAUUAUUUUACCAUCGUUAGAGGGAAAAACUGUACUCGAUAUAGGAUCUAGAUUGGGUGCUGUUUUGUACGGGGCACAUAUAUUCUCAUCAGCACAAAAAAUUAUUGGUGUUGAAAUGAAUAAAGAUCUCUGCACAUUACAGUCUAAUAUAAUACAUAAAUACAAAAUGAAUGAUCGUAUAGAAAUUAUAAAUAAGAGAAUCGAGGAAUGCCCAGACAUUGUACAAAGAAGUAAUAUCAUUAUUAUGAACAACCCAUUCGAAUUUUAUGUUCCAGAAUCUGUACAUGUUGAAAUCUGGAAAUUUUUAAAAGCCAACAUUCAAAAAGGAACAAUUCUUAUUACCAGACCAGCUGUUGAAACAACUUUUAAGACUCUAAACACAGGAAUAUUGGUAAAGAAGUGGUUAAAACCCUGUCAAUUGGAUAGGUUUAUACAAGAGCCUCAAGUAUUUGGAUCUUUAGUGUUAGAUCCCAAUGAACAUUGUGAUAUCAGUUUGUACGAAGUCCGAUAGAAAAGAUUAUAUAGAAGACUGAUUUUUUUAAAAUAAAAAUAUAA